UCUCCAUUUUACAACUGGGGCUGAGUAGCAGAACAAGUUUUGUUUUGAGCUGUAGAAUGAGGAAGAGGCGAGUCUGAAGUUACGCAGUGCUGUACCCAAAUGACAAAUGGAGCGAGGAAAGCUUUUUCCUGUGGCGACUCGAAUGUGACAAUGAAGCAGCAGAUAAUCACGUUGGAUGUCUCUGGAAAUGGAAGCAGGCAGUUAGACAGCAUGUUUGCCCAGGAGCUUGUACUGAAACAACGGUCAGAGCUACUGCAUGCAUUAUGCAGCAGUGGGUCAGCUGAACAUCUGGAAAGAGUUCUGGAUAUACUGUUGGCCCAUGGGGAGCUCAUAUGGGAGGAGUACCAGAGCAUACAAGUCCCAGGUAGGGCACUGUAUACCAAUGCCCGACAGUUGCUUGACUUGGUUUAUACAAAGGGUGUGGAUGCCUGUGAGGUCUUUCUCUCUGCUCUCAAACAAGCCCUGCCAGAAGUGCAGGUUGCCGGCAUUACGUUUUCAGGAUGCUGUGAAAAUCCAGAAAAAAGCGUUACUCAGAGCCCAUCUACUCAGACUCUCCUGACUCAUAGACCAAGCCUUAUCAGGAAGCUACAAGGCUGCAUCGAUGGUGCUCUCGAGGCUCUAACUGUGUCAGGACACUUCACAUCAGGGGACUGCGAUGAAGUACGGAUUCCUAUAUAUACUCCCUCUCAGCAGGCGAGGCGUUUGCUGGAUCACGUCAGACCAAAAGGCGAGUCAGCAGCAAACGUGAUACUGCAUUACGUUCAGCAAAAUCAGGAAACUGAGUCGUCACUCACCCAAAAAAAACUGACUCUGUCAAAAGAGUUCUUAAAGUAUCAGAAGAAGCUGAGCAGCUCUCUCUCUGCUCAGUCCCACUUUCUCAGUACUUAUGGAGGGACAAGCCACAUGCCAUUGGAUGAUAUUUACACUGAAGUCCAGCUGGAACUAGGUCAUGAUUGUGCUGAGGCCCAUGCACCUUUGGGCCUGGAGGACAUAGUUGGCACAGCGGGUACUGUGAACGAGGAGGCUGACACAGUGCUUGUCUCUGGGGAGGCAGGUAGUGGGAAGAGCACCUUACUCCAGAGGCUGCACCUUCUUUGGGCUCGAGGGACAGCUCUCCAGGACUUUCUGUUUCUGUUCCCUUUCAGUUGUCGCAAGCUGAACUCAGAACACAGGGAACUGUCUGUUCAAGAGUUGCUCUUUCAACAUUGCUGCUGGCCAGACAGGGAGCAGGAAGAGAUUUUUCAGUUCAUGCUGGACCACCCACAUCUCAUCCUUUUUACUUUUGAUGGCCUGGAUGAGCUCAAGCAGAGCUUUUCGGACGAGCACAGACUCUGCUGCCCAACCCAGCGUGCACCUGCUCACAUACUAUUAUUUAACUUAAUUCAAGGUUCCCUAAUGAAGGGGGUGUGGAAAGUGGUAACUAGUCGUCCAGAGGCAGUGGGGCCUCUACUGAGGAAACACCUCCGCAAAGAGGUCCUCUUGAAAGGAUUUUCCCCAAGUGAGAUUGACUGUUUUGUGAAGAAGCAUCACAGUGACCCCACCGUGGCCGCUAAGAUUUUGGAGACCCUACAAACAAACACAGCUUUACUUGGACUGUGUCAUAGUCCAGUCCUCUGCUGGAUUGUCUCACAGUGCCAUAAGGAGCUUCAGGGCUGUGAAGAGGGUAAACUACAAACAAUCACAGACAUUUACAUGAUGAUCUUACAGCACUUUUUACAGCACCACUGCCCCCUGAAGAGUUCUGUGGAGAUGGGUUGGUUUCAGAAGCACCUUAAAACCGUCUUGCAUCUUGGACAGCUCGCCUUUGAUGGAAUAGGAACCACCUGUUAUAUCUUCUCAUGUACACACCUGGAGACAUGUGGUGUAACAGAAAAUGAUAUCUGUAUGGGCUUUCUUGUUCAAAGCAAAGACAUGUCCUCCUCUCACCAUAAACACUAUGAAUUCCUUCAUGUGACUUUGCAGUGUUUUUUUGCUGCUCUGUACGUCGUUUUGUCGGUUGACACUGACCGCUUGACCAUACUUAAGCUCUUUGAGCUGCAGGACAGGAGUGAGACAAGUCAGAGUAAAAAAUGCUUCGGGGCCUGUUUGCCCAACACUAACCAACAAGCGCACCUUCCGGGGGGUGAAGCUACAGCAGCUGAAAAACCCAAUCUGCAAAUCACAGCCACCUUUGUGUCUGGACUGCUCUCCCAACACUAUCGAAGCAUGUGGCUUCAGUGCUGCCCCCGAACUAUGAUGGAGAAGAAGAUCAAGCAGGUUUCAAAGUGCCUGUCCAAAGGCAUGCAGAAACACUUUAAAUCUAUCCCCCAACCUGUAGCGGGAGAGAAGAAGAGCAUGCAUGCAAUGCCAGGCUUUGUUUGGCUAAUCAAAUGCAUCUAUGAGAUGCAGGACAUCAGAAUCGCUAAAGGUGCUGUCACUAACCUGGAGGUGGACCACCUGAAACUGACCUACUGUAACAUUGGCCCAGUAGAGUGCACUGCACUAGCCUACGUGCUCCAGCAUUUAAAGAGCCCUGUAGGCCUCCAGCUGGACAACAACACUGUAGGCGACGUUGGAGUGGAGCAGCUUCUUCCCUGCAUGCACAUUUGCAAUUCCCUGUACCUCAGAAAUAACAACAUUACAGACAGGGGAAUCUGCAAAUUGAUUGUUAAAGUUAUCCAGUGUGACAACUUCCAGAAGAUUGCGCUUUUCAACAACAAGCUGACUGAUGCUUGCACGCAGCACUUUUGUCAUCUUCUAAAGACCAAGCAGAAUUUCCUCUCUCUAAGGCUGGGUAACAAUAAUAUAACUGCAGAAGGAGCAAAGCAGCUUGCAGAGGGGCUGAAAUUCAAUCAUUCGCUGCAGUUUUUAGGGCUUUGGGGAAAUAAGAUAGGCGAUGCAGGAGCAGAGGCCCUGGCCAGUGCAUUAGCAAACAGUAAAACUCUGUCAUGGCUCAGCCUGGUAGGUAAUGGUGUUGGGAGUGCAGGAGCAUGUGCCGUUGCUAAUAUUAUCAAGCACUGCACAUCACUGGAAGAUAUUUGGCUGACAGAAAACUGCAUAACAAGAACCGGAGUGGAAUGUCUAAUUCAAGCCCUAGAACACAAUAAGCAUGUGAAGUCAGUAUGGUUGAGAAACAAUGAUCUCAGCUCUGAGGAAGUAGAGGAGAUGACACAGCGUGAAUCAAGACUGGUUUUCUGAUUUUGUCCAGGGACCAUGUAUUGCUUUGUCAUAUUUUAUAUUAAAUGUGAAAUGUAGAUGCUGCUUUUUACACUUUAUUUGAAUACACACAUACAUACAAGUGUAUUUGCCUAUGUCACAUAUCAACCUUUUCACUACUGUUAUUACGAGCACUACUUUGACUACUAUAAUAUACUAUAAUAAUAAUAAUGAUAAUGACUUGGAUUGUCCUUUAUUUGUUUAUUUGGGCUAUAUUUACACUACUUUUUAGUAGUUACAUGGUAGCUAUUGUUAAAAGUUUUACUCAAAGCACAUGAUCAUCUUCAAACAUACACUAUAUGACACAUUAUUAUUAUUAAAUUUUACACAUUGUCAAUAAACUAUAUGCAAACUGAUAAAUUCUGAUUCUGGAUCUGGAUUGCCACCAAAGUCACACACACAGACAAACAAACAAGCCCAAAACAGUGGCUGACCCUAUCCACUAUCACACAAAAAACUAUUAAUAUGUUACAUGUCAAAGACACAGAUCAAAGAGGUCAGUGAAGAGAAAGAUAAGUAAAGUAAAAUAAAUAAACAUGAAUAAAUAAAUAAAUAAAUAAAAAGAUAUUUGUUAUGUCUUUCAAGUGUACUAUCAUACAACACCAUUUUGUCAGUGAAAGUAACUUAUUGUGCAUGUUAAACCUUUUUAUUGUUAAUUUUCUGACAAGCUGCUGAUAAUUGUAAUGUAUUUUAGCUAUGCAACAUUUCAACUGUUGAUCUGUUAUAGAAUAUAUGCCUAAUUUAUUCAUUGUUUUAAAAAUAAA